AGUGGCGAGUUCCCGCACCACGUGAUCGAUCGACGAAUGAAAUCGCGACAAACAAACCCCGAGUCAAACAUAAAUCGAUCGUAAACUAUCCUGCGACGGAAUCGAAUCGAUCCGGUUUUGGCGUGUUAACCCAAUCCGACUUGGCCCCGCCUCGGCGUACUCGCGAUCGGAUUAACACUCGCGACUCUCCAACGUGACCGGUUACUAUCGAUCCUCCGCCAAACGUCGAUGCGCGGCAUCGAUACGAUGUAACUAAAUCGCCCCCCCCCCCUCCCACGUUGCAAAAGCCGGCGAAAUGUUGUUCGUCUCGAUUCCGAUUCGCGAGAAUCGACGCGUGCCGCGAAUCUCUACGGUGGCCGGUGGGGAAUCGAGCGUCGCGGGUUAUCGGAAUCGCGGAAUCGCCGCCAGGGAGUCGUAGAUAGUUCGAGGGGGCCCUCAUCAACGCGAUGGCUUUUCGCGUCCCCCGUGCGGUCCCCUCGCUCCGUGUGACCCCCUCGCCCGAUCUCUGCCUCCUCCUCAUCCUCCUCGUGGUGCCCUGCGUGAUCUGCGGGGGGCCCGAGCCGGGCAAGUUUCGCGGGGACAUCACCAAGAAUUCCAAGUAUUUCUUUGCGAGAAAAACCAUGUUCAACCAGACAGAUGUACACAUUCAAGUUCUGAAGGCCACUUGCCCUGAGAUGAGUGGGACUUUCACGGUGCAGUGGAUCUUGCGCUCCUCUCACUGCUACAACGAGUUCGCCAACUUAAAGGACAUCAGCGGUGAGAUGUACAUGGGCGCCGAGGACAAGGAGGUUGUCCCAGACAGCCAGGCUUCCUACUUGAAGGGCAGCGCCACCAUCACCUGCAACAACUUCCACAUGCCAGCGGUGCCCAUGAAAACGUUAUCCGUGAAGCUGGCAAACAAACCUCAAGAGGAAGAAAAGGAGAAAUCGCCCAGCGAUCGUCGCAAGAGAGAAGAUGCGCAGGCAAAGCCUGCCGUGGAGGCCGCCGCCCCUGACCCAGCCAAGGUCGGCGAUACAAAAGACCUGGCCUCGAAGACUGAGCCAGGAGCGGAGGCCGCUGCUCCUGACACAGCCCAGGUCGGCGAUAAACGAGACGAGGUCCCAAAGUCAAACGUGGUGGCGAGGACGUGGAAGGAGAGUCCGUUCCUCUUCAUCGUCAGCAUCAGCCCGGAUGAAAACAGCGGCGACAAGCAAAGCAAAGACUGGAAAUUUGAUGUGGAGGUGGGCAUGAACGGACCACAUGGGUACAUCUCAGCCACAGAGUACCCACUCAAGAUUUUCUACAUGGCCAUGUGCGUGGUGUACACGCUGUACGCUGCGCUCUGGCUCAUCUGCUCCGCCUGCUACUGGAAGGAGCUGCUGAGGAUCCAGCUGUGGGUGGGCGGUGUCAUCUUCCUGGGGAUGCUCGAGAAGGCCAUGUUUGUCGGGGAGUUCCAGAACAUCGGCACCUACGGCACCUCGGUGCGGGGCGCGGUGAUGGUGGCCGAGUUGGUGUCGGCGUUGAAGCGCACGCUGGCGCGGAUGCUCGUGAUCAUCGUCAGCCUGGGCUACGGCAUCGUCAAGCCGCGCCUGGGCGCCAUGUUGCACCGCGUGGUCGGCGUGGGCAUGCUCUACCUCGUCUUCUGUUGCGUGGAGGCGAUGCUGCGCGCCAGCGAGGACCCCAGCAACUCGACAGUGCUGACAUCGGCGAUAGUGCUGGCGAUGAUUGAUACGUGCAUCGUAUGGUGGAUCUUCGUGAGUCUGGCACAGACGAUGCGGACGCUGAGGCUCAGGCGCAACCCCGUGAAGCUGUCGCUCUACCGCCACUUCACGAACACGCUCAUCUUCUCCGUCAUCGCGUCGGUUGUGUUCAUCGUCUGGUCGACGAGGAAGUUCCGCAUGGUCGACUGCCUCUCCGACUGGCGCGAGCUGUGGGUGGAGACUUCCUUCUGGAGCCUCCUGUUCUCCGUUAUCCUCCUCGUCAUCAUGUUCCUCUGGAGGCCGUCCGCCAACAAUCAGAGGUACGCAUACUCCCCCCUCAUCGACGACGACGAUGAGGACAGCUUAGAUCAGAACGUGAUGACGGGAGAUGCAUACGGUACGAAAAUGAGAGGCACGCGGACGGAGAUGAACGGGCAAGCCAGGUCCGGUGCCAGCCAGGAUGAAGACCUGACUUGGGUGGAGGAGAACAUCCCCUCUUCUGUAGCUGACCUAGCGCUCCCUGCAUUACUCGACUCGGACGAGGCGUUUGCUAACGGUGCUUACCCCAACAGCCUGUGUAGGCUACAUUGGGGAUCUUUGUCUUUGUCCCACUGUACCUUCAGCCGGAUCGAGGGGCAGUCGACCCAGUAAGCAAAACUAGGAAAUUAUGACAACCAAGUUCGAGAUGUCCAAAAUAGACUGAAGUUGUGUCGAUGAAGACUUGAAGGUUCCCAAGUGAGCAGCUCCUGAAGAGAACGCUAUGUAGUUUUUUUCUGUUGUGUCUAUAGUUCGACGUGUUUUCGUGUUGUUCGGCACACUGUCCGUCGUGUCACUCCGAUUGCCGAAUUCACUUCCUGAAGAUGAUGCCAGCAAGUGGAGCGAAACGUCGGCACUCGGUGCCGAGCAACACGAGGAUCAGCUCGAAAAACACGUAGGAGAGCUAUAAGAUUGAAGUACGUUGAAGGUGGUGGGAGUUGAGUGUCAGACCUCAGGAUGAGGUUUGGUUCCGGCUUACACUGGUUGUUAAGCCACCCACAUCGGCUAGAAAUGACCUGUGUAUCUGAUGCUGUCUCAGUAAUCGGCCCAGUGUGGCCAGCUAUUCUGGGGAAAGAAAAUAGUUUUGUUAAUCGCUGCUCCUGUAAUCAAGUGCAAUUACUGUUGGUGGGCUUGUAGGAUUUGGGCGGUGCUUGCGCGCAGCUGUGUUUUUGACAGGGAAGUGUCACGAUUUCUUGAUUUUUAUAACCUCGUCACAGGCAGGAGCAGAAAGACAGUUUCCUUCCACCGUUAAAGACGUCACUUGAUGCAAUUUGAGUCAAACUGUGGGGAAGGUUGGAAUUACAGAUUUUAUUUUAUCAUUUAAUUAUAACUUUGUUUCAAACAAUGAGGUGUAUAUAUUGUUAACGUCUUGAUCUGUGUUUUUUGACCUUCGGGUCACUCAAUAAAGCCACUGUUUUGCUA